AUGCCUCGGUAUUACUCGAUCACCACGUCGCCGCUGGUCGAUCCUACUCGACUGUCCGUGGCGUUCACUGUCGUUGAGUACGUAGUAGGUGAGCAUGGCCUCCGUCGCCGUGGGCUCUGUACGAACUGGCUGAACAAGAUCUGUCAGCCAUUAAUCGACGCCAGUGUAGCUGCCUCCACAGGCGUGAAGAUCCCAAUCUUCCUAAGAGGAACUCAAGACUUCCGUCUCCCCGAGAAUUCUCAAUCCCCCAUGGUUCUCAUCGGCCCGGGUACUGGCGUCGCCCCGUUCAUGGGAUUUUUGCAACACCGCUACCAUGAAGCCAAGGAUGCUGCGUUGCCAGCUUUUCACUGCUUUCUCUCGCGACCAAGAUGA